GAUUUUCAGUCAAAACGUCCUCACCACUGAGCCACAACUGCUAUGUAUUUAAUGAUUUCAUAUUCUAUAAUAUUAUCAUUUACGACCGGGUGAAAGUUUGACACGUAUUCAAGGGAAGGGAAAAUAUAAAUGGUAAUAAAAUGAUUGAAAAUGUGGUCGCGAUAAGAUUAGCCGCAGACGCGCUCGUUUCGAGUUAUCUCGUAAAAGGGGUGUGUGGCGGAAAAUUGCGUUAAGGCGGAUUACACACGCGCGGGCGAGCGCCGAUUGCGGGCGGCGGCAGUGUGUCCGCGCGCGCCAUGCAGUACGAGCGCCUCGGCGCGCCCGCCGGCCACGCCGCCUUCCUGCUCGUCUACUUCACCUUCUUCCUCGACAAUGUGCUGCUCACUGUGCUCGUUCCGAUAAUCCCGGACUGGGUGCGCGGCGAGUCGCUGGCGCUGUGGGCGGAGCGCGCCGCGCCGCUGGCGCAGCUCCUCAACACCACCGUGCAGCGCAUCGCCGACGAGACUGAAGGCGAGGGCAUCGGCGCGUCGCAGCUGGCGGUGGGCGCGGUGCUGGGCGCGAAGGCGGGCGCGCAGCUGGUGGCGGCUCCGGCGGCGGCCGCGGCCACCGAGCGGCUCGGGCCCGCGCGCUGCCUGCGCCUCGCCACGCUACUGCUCGCGCUCGCCUCGCUAACGUUCGCGUGGUGCGGCGCGUGGUGCGGCGGGCGACAGUGCGCCUGGUGCGCGGGCGCUGGGCGCGGCGCGCAGGGCGCGGGCGCGGCGCUGGCGGGCGUGGCCGGCCUGGCGCUCGUGUCGCGCGCGCGCCGCCCCGCCCGCGUCGCCGCGCUGCUCGGCGCGGUUGCGCUUGGUGUACUUGUGGGCUACCCGUUCGGCGGUGUGGCCUACAAGCUGUGGAGUGAAGCGGCGCCUUUCCAACUCAUUGCAGCGGCCUUCGUGGCUAACCUCGGAAUGCAGUAUAUAUUUUUGAACAAACCAGAAUACAACGAGGUGUGCGAGGCGGACGGCGGGGGGAGUGGGGGCGGCUCGUACCGCAGCAGCUUGCGCGAGGUGUGGGCGGAGCGGCGCGGCGCGGGCGGCGCGGGCGCGGGCGCAGUGUUCGCCGCCACCGCGCUGCUCGCCGCGCUCGAGCCCUGCCUGCCACUCUGGGUCAUGGAGCGCUUUCACCCGCAGCGCUGGGCUCUGGGAGCGAUGUUCGUGCCGGACAGCCUGGGCUACCUGGUGGCGACGAGCGCGCUGCCGGCGUGCGGCGCGGCGCUGGGCGGCGAGCGCGCGGCGCUGGCGGGCGCGGUGGCGGCGGCGCUGGGCGCGCUGCUGCUGCCGGCGGCGCGCUCGCUGACCGCGCUGGCGCUGUGCCAGGCGGCCGUGGGCGGCGGCGUGGGCGCCGUGGACGCCGCGCUGGUGCCCGCGCUGCUGGCGCGCUGCGGCGCCGCGCGGCUGCCGCACCGCGCCGCGCUGCUGCAAGCCGCCGCCAGCGCCGCACUCGCCCUUGGCCCAGUGGUGGGCGGCGUGCUGUCGUUCGCGCUGGGCUUCGAGACGGCGCUGCGGCUGCUGGCGCUGGCCGCGCUGCUGCACGCCGCGCUGCUGCACCGCGCGCUCAGCGACCACCCGCUCUCCGAACAGUGGGGAGCGCCGCCCCUGGAGGAGCUGAGCGCGGAAACCCCAGAAGAGACUCCGUUGCAACCCGCCAACUUUGCUCACUUCCACUGACUACACCUUCUACACUUAUUAUACGAGAUAUAAGAAUAAUAAAAUUUUGCGCAAUCCAAA